AUGAAGACAUCAAUUUUCAGACCGUGUAUUGACCUCCACAACGGUGUAGUUAAGCAGAUCGUAGGCGGUACAUUAUCCAACAAUCCAGACGAACUCAAGACGAACUUCGUAGCUGACAAAACGCCAGCUGAAUUUGCCAAGUUAUACAAACAGAAUGGACUUAUAGGUGGUCAUGUUAUCAAGUUAGGCGCUGGUAAUGAUGACGCUGCGAAGUCUGCAGUUUCUGCCUGGAGAGAUGGUUUACACGUCGGUGGUGGUAUAACAGAUCAAAAUGCCGCUGAAUGGAUUGAAGCUGGCGCUGAAAAGGUUAUCGUAACGAGUUACCUGUUUCCAGAAGCGAAAUUCUCAUUGGAGAGGCUAAAAAGCGUUAGCGAAGCUGUCGGUAAAGAUAGACUGGUCGUAGACGUCAGCUGUAGAAGACGCGAUGAUAAGUGGAUUGUAGCGAUGAACAAAUGGCAGACGCUGACGGACAUGGAAGUAACAAAGGAUACAUUGUCUAUGUUAAGCGAAUACUGUUCAGAGUUCCUGAUACACGCAGCCGACGUCGAGGGACUAUGCAAGGGUAUCGAUGAGGAUUUGGUGAAGAAACUAGGCGAGUGGGUUAACAUACCAACGACCUAUGCAGGCGGUGCAAAGCAUGCUGAUGAUCUUGCACUCGUGAAUGAGCUGUCCAAAGGCAAGGUUGAUUUGACAUAUGGAAGUGCGCUUGAUGUAUUCGGUGGAACGCAAGUAAAGUUUGAUGACUUGGUCAACUGGAAUAAGAAAUUGACGUAAUGUUUCAAAAUAUCAAUACCAUUCUGAGGCUCAUGAGCGGACUAUGCUUUACUUGUUUGAUGUAUUCCCCAAAAGAGGCACACUCUGAGUGGACGAUGAUGCCGACAACGGGCUUGAUUGAAGAGAAUUCCUUCUGGAUGGAAUCCUGUUGGAUAAUGCAGAUAUCUUCUCUGACGCACCCGUACUAAUGCUGUAAGAACGGCGUCUGAUAUGCGAUUUGAGUUUCCUAGCAAGUUGUUCAUAGCCAGAUGCCUGUGGGUUUAUGAGGUCAAAUCUAAGCUCUUC